AUGACGAGCCCGAGCGAUCCAUCGGCCGUACCCGUGCCUUCGUCGUCGGGGAACGAUGUGACCGCCCAUCCUUCAUCAAGCAAAGCUACCAUCGAUGGACUCCAGAAAAAGCGCUCCUUGCACCGCAUCCCUUCUAAAUUUUCCUUUCAUCGGCAACAGAAGGAAACUUCCUCUGGCUUGGGAGACCCGGCGCAGGGGGACCCAGAAGCCACCCCGCAGACUUCUCGAACCAACCUCACGAAAAAGAAGCGCUCGAAUAGCAAAUCAAGCAGCGUGCGGAACAAUGCACCGGGCGAGGCGACAGCCGUGUCGAUACCCGCAGCAGCAAAUAUGGGGGAGAAAUCCAUCGAAAAGAAGCCGAAAGGCCCUUCAAAACUGUUUGCCUUUCUGAAUUGCUGCAGCUCUCAGAACGACGAUGGCGACGGACCAAUUCUUCCCCCAAAGAAAACAACUAAGGCCCAGGUAUCUCACGAGAGACAAGCAGCCGUUGUAGAAAAGCCUGAACCCAGCGCUGCGGAAUCAAGUAUGGCGGACUCGAGAGAUCCACUUCCAUUUGACGAAAAGGCGGCUCUGAAGGCGAAUAUAGAACAGGAGUCUUCAAAGUCCGAAGCCGAGGUUGGUGUCCCGAAGCGAAGUGAGGAUGGAUCAAUUGUAGCAUCGAAGUUGCCAGUCAACUCGGAUGCAACCUCUGGUUCCCCUUCAUCUGGCGCGUCACAACCGGAAGCGUCAAAUAGCGUACCUGAUGAUAGUCCCAAAACUAUCGUUGCACCUGCAGUUUCCCCAAUCGAAGAGCAUACCAUUCUACCACAGUCGCCAGAUGUAGAUGAGAAGGCUGUGCCUGAACCGGCCGGAACUACGCCAAUAGAUGUCCCUACUGAAGAAAAACCAAUUCCAGCGCUCCCCGCUAAAGACGACGAAAAGAUUCCACUUCUACCACUUCCGCCUCCGCCCGCAGAUCCUUUGCAGCAGACCUCAGAUACCCAGGCUCCACCAGUUCCCGUUGUUCCUUUGGAUAAGAAGCAGUACUUACUACCUCCUCUGCAGCCCCAAUUCAAAGAUAAAAAGUGCCUUGUUCUGGAUCUUGAUGAGACACUAGUCCACAGUAGUUUUAAAAUUUUAGAUAAGGCCGACUUUACUAUUCCAGUCGAAAUCGAGGGUCAAUAUCAUAAUAUUUAUGUUAUCAAGCGGCCGGGAGUGGACCAGUUCAUGAAGCGCGUUGGUGAAUUAUAUGAGGUUGUAGUGUUUACCGCGUCGGUAUCAAAGUACGGCGAUCCUCUGCUGGACCAGCUUGACAUCCAUAAGGUUGUGCACCAUCGUUUAUUUCGAGAUAGCUGCUAUAACCACCAAGGAAAUUACGUAAAGGAUCUCUCUCAAGUUGGACGUGAUCUCAAGGACACCAUCAUCAUUGAUAAUUCACCUACCUCAUACAUUUUCCACCCGCAGCAUGCCAUUCCAAUUAGCAGCUGGUUUUCUGACGCCCACGACAAUGAGCUUAUUGAUCUCAUCCCUGUGCUCGAGGAUCUCGCCAGUUCAAAAGUCCGAGAUGUUAGCCUGGUUCUAGAUGUUGCCCUUUAG